AUGAUGAAAAGUGACAGUGAAUCUGAAGAAUUGGUAGUUCUUGGAACAAUAAAAGGAAAAGAAAAAAGUGACGAAAGCAUGAAUAUUGCUGGCCAUGUUUUCUUUGAAAAUGAUUGUAUAGUUUUGGAUAGCAAUAUGGUAAAUACGCCAUUGGGGCUGCCAGGAAAGCAGCACAAAAGAGAAAGUACAGAUUUUGCAAGCAAAAACGCACAAGUGAAUGAAAGUGUUCAAAUUAAUAGUAUGGGCUUAAAUGCCCAGGUAGGAAAUGGCUAUUCUAAAAAAACAAAAAUAGCGAAUGAAAUACAGCAGCCAACAGAUAAUGCAUUUACCAAUGUUGCAAUCACCGACAGGAUGAAGAGAAACACGCUUUCUCUAAACAGUAAAAAAAGUGCCAAGACAGAUUAUGCCAGUAAAGUAGAAAACAGUAGUAAAGCAAAAUGCAGAACAAUUUUAGAGAGCACUCCUUCUAAUGGUAAAACGGAGGCAUGCUAUGAACCACAAAAUAGCGAUUCAAGUAUAGCAAAUGGCACGUCUGUGCAAAAUGACUUCGGUAUAAUCACCCAUAAGGAGAAAGAUGACAAUAAAAGUAGCGGUUUUUCAACACCUGAAAAGCCCAAAUUGCCUAUAAGUUACAAAUACACUGUCAAAUUUAGGUCCGGUGCAUUUGAAAGGGAAUUUUACAUGAACGAUGAUGAUCCAGUAGAAAUGCUGUACCAGGAGCUGUUCGGUGACGACAGUGAAAAGAAGCUCCUCUACGAGGACAUGAAGCUCAGUCGGUUUUUACUUGCUGGAGAGUCGGGAUUUUUCCCAGGUGUCAACUAUGUUUAUCUCCCUGAAAAUGAACUUUUUGGCGCUUUGAAAAAGAAGAAUAUUGUUUUAAAAUUCAAUGCAGAUUCAAACAGCGAUGUUGUUGUCCAAGUUGGCGAUGAUUCUACGGUUUCUGAUAUUUUGCAGAGAAUUAAAGAAUCAAAGGGCAUUGAUGUCGAAAAAAAAGUAUUAAUUUUCAAUGGAGAGGUCUUCUUGGUGAUCAGGUCUUAG